AUGGCCACACCACCGGACAAUGGCCGUUCCUCUGGGAAUGAAGAUGCUACCAAGCCCAUCAACAAGGCAUUCUCCAAGGUAGACCUCGACGGCCACGAUCUGCCUCCGUCACCUGCACCCUCGAGCCCGGCCAAUGGCCGACGCCGCUAUGCUCUUGCCACUGAACUGGUCUACACGGAAUCAAAAGACCAAUAUGGCGCAUCCAGCAUUCCGAUAUACCAGUCGGCUACUUUCAAACAGACGUCGGCGAGCGGCGGAAACGAGUAUGAUUAUACUCGAUCAGGAAAUCCCACCCGUACCCAUCUGGAGCGACACAUGGCCAAGAUCAUGAACGCCACACGGGCUUUGGCAGUGGGCUCCGGCAUGGGUGCGCUGGAUGUAAUAACACGGCUUCUCCGACCGGGAGAUGAGGUCGUAACGGGCGAUGAUCUCUACGGUGGCACCAACCGUUUGCUCGCAUAUUUAUCGUCCAACCAAGGCAUCGUUGUUCAUCAUGUCGACACAACCCACGUUGAGCGCGUGGGAGAGGUCAUUUCCGACAAAACGGCUAUGGUGCUCCUGGAAACUCCGACCAACCCUCUGAUCAAAAUCGUGGAUAUCACUUCCAUUGCCAAGAUCGUCCAUGAUGCAAAUCCCAAGGCGCUUGUCAUCGUGGAUAAUACUAUGUUAUCUCCUAUGCUUUGCAACCCCUUAGAGCUUGGUGCUGACGUUGUUUAUGAGUCUGGCACGAAGUACCUGUCUGGUCAUCACGAUAUCAUGGCCGGAAUCAUUGCGUGCAAUGACCCAGCCAUCGGCGACAAAAUGUAUUUCACCAUCAACGCAAGCGGAUGCGGACUAUCUCCGAACGAUUCAUUCUUGUUGAUGCGCGGCGUCAAAACAUUGGCCAUCCGCAUGGAGAAGCAGCAGGCGAAUGCCCAGGCCAUCGCAGAAUUCCUUGAGUCCCAUGGAUUUCGAGUGCGCUACCCAGGCUUGAAGUCGCAUCCCCAAUACGACCUCCACUGGGCCCUGGCACGAGGUGCUGGCGCUGUUCUUUCAUUUGAGACAGGCGACGUGACCCUAUCGGAAAGGAUCGUUGAAGCCGCAAGAUUAUUCGGCAUCAGCGUAAGCUUCGGAUGUGUCAACAGUUUGAUCAGCAUGCCUUGCCGGAUGAGUCAUGCCAGCAUUGAUGCGAAGACGAGGAAAGAACGCCAGAUGCCUGAGGAUAUUAUCAGACUCUGCGUUGGAAUUGAGGAUGUGAAUGAUCUCAUUGAUGACCUGUCCCGCUCGCUCGUACAAGCCGGUGCCGUCACCAUCACACUUGACGGAUUCCAUGCUGCUGGCUCGGCUCAAAGGCUAGGCGAAGCUCCAGCGGCUGACAGCUCUUCAUAG